AUGCACGAAAUCACUAGAGGAGGUCAGUCAGCAGACUGUCAGCUGGAUCUCCACUUUCCAACAAGUGUUCCUGAACUACAAAAUCUAGUUUCUGUCCUGAAGCUCUACCAUGAUGAACACUUCAGUUACCUCAUCACCCUCUUCUCCAUGGCUUAUGUGUACAAACAAACAUUUGCCAUCCCAGGAUCUGCCCUCAUGAACAUUCUGGGUGGAGCUUUGCUGGGGGUAUGGGUGGCCUUACCAGUGGUAUGUAUCCUCGCAGCUGUGGGGGCCUCCUGCUGUUAUCUGCUCUCCAGCAUCUCCCUGUCUCACCUCCUCAUACACUGUGAAAAAGAGAGAGUAAACAAACUCCGAGACAGAAUUCGCGGCAACGACAGUUCACUCUUUCUGUUUCUGCUGUCACUGCGCAUCUUUCCUGGGACCUCAAACUGGUUCCUGAACAUGGCCUCACCCGUGGCUGAUGUGCCGCUGCAUCUAUUCUUUUUUUCUGUAUUAUUAGGCUUGGCGCCCUACAACGCCGUGUGUGUGGUGGCGGGUGCUAGCGUAUCUCAGCUGCGCUCCGUGUCAGACUUGUGGUCUGCUAACUCUGUAGCGACGCUCGUGGUGCUCGCUGUCAUUGCCUACACUGCCAGCAGGCUCAUGCAGCCCUACCGGUGCACCAUUAGCGCUGCUUCAAAGAAGAAGAGGAGCUAACUCAGCCACGAGUCGUGUCAAUCCAUGUUAUGGAUCGGGCAGCUUAUAAAAAUGGUUAACUAAUAUCUUUAUCAUUACUUGCAUAGCCCCUCUCAAAUUUCAGAUUCUCAAUUCAUUCACUAGAAAAUUACUUAGUAUGUUUCCUGAGUUUGCGUGGCUUAUACAAGUUACUUGCAAGGGUUGCAAAAGAAAUGUGAUUGCCACCUCGUACCAGAAUGCGUGCCGGCUUUUCAUCAAAAUGUUUCACCUGCAAGUAAUACCUGCCACAAUUUCGUUGUAUCCGUUUUUUUAAGUUGGAUGCUGCAAAUUUUCACAUGUCCUAUUUUUCAUUCAUAUGACAACAAGCUCUUCAACUAGGUAUGAUGUUAACCUCUCAGUUUUACUGGCGUCACUUUGCUUAGACGUCGCCAUUGAUCCAUCAUCACGUUUGGAAUGUAAUUAACCCAUUCGUUGGUUGCGUCAUGGUUGAACUAGUAAGAGGUUGACCCAUGAGCAGCUCAUUUUUGCGGA